GCGCACGGGCAGCCACCCACCUACCAGCGUGGCGGCCACCCCUUUUUAUUGGAACGCUGAACGCUUCAGCCCCACCGCCACCUUCCCCUCCCCCGGUCGCCUCCGCCGCCAACGCUUCCGCGCCCCCGAAAGCCAAAUCCUCUCUCCCCUCCCGCCUCCGUCGAACCCUAGCGCACCACCCACGCGCCCCGACACCGCCCAUUCCCCUCCCCAUGGCGGCGCUCUCCGCCCCACUCCGCGCUGCGACCGUUGCCGCCGGAUCCCGCGCCGCCGCCGACCCCGCCAAGGUGUCGUGCGUAAGGAGCACCGGCUCAUCUCACUUCGGCUGCGGCUUUCCCUCCAUCAAGGCCUCCUCUUCGGCUGCUAGGAGCAUUGAACCGCUGAGGGCGAUAGCUACACAGGCACCCCCUUCUGUCCCACAAUAUUCAAGUGGGGAGAAGACGAAGAUUGGCAUCAAUGGGUUUGGACGGAUUGGUAGGUUGGUCUUGCGAAUUGCAACUGGCAGAGACGAUAUUGAAGUUGUGGCUGUGAAUGAUCCUUUCAUCGAUGCUAAGUACAUGGCAUAUAUGUUCAAGUAUGACUCCACUCAUGGUCCAUUUAAAGGUUCUAUUUAUGUUGUGGAUAAGUCAACACUGGAGAUCAAUGGGAAGAAAAUUACAAUUACAAACAAAAGAGAUCCUGCAGACAUUCCAUGGGGUAACUAUGGAGCUGAAUAUGUUGUUGAAUCUUCUGGUGUUUUUACGACGACUGAGAAAGCAGCAGCGCACUUAAAGGGUGGCGCUAAGAAAGUGGUGAUAUCUGCGCCAUCAGCAGAUGCUCCCAUGUUUGUAGUUGGAGUUAAUGAGAAUCGCUACGACCCAAAGAUGAAUGUUGUUUCUAAUGCAAGCUGCACCACCAACUGUCUUGCUCCACUUGCCAAGGUUGUCCAUGAGGAAUUCGGCAUUGUUGAGGGCCUCAUGACAACUGUUCAUGCCACAACAGCCACCCAGAAGACUGUUGAUGGUCCUUCGAUGAAGGAUUGGAGAGGGGGACGUGGUGCUGGCCAAAACAUAAUUCCGAGCUCCACUGGUGCAGCAAAGGCUGUUGGAAAAGUCCUACCUGAGCUGAAUGGAAAACUCACUGGCAUGGCCUUCCGAGUUCCAACACCAAAUGUCUCUGUUGUGGACUUGACAUGCCGGAUCGAGAAAAGCGCCUCCUAUGAUGAUGUGAAAGCAGCCAUCAAGGCGGCAUCAGAGGGUGCACUCAAAGGUAUUCUAGGCUACACAGACGAGGAUGUUGUCUCCAAUGACUUUGUUGGUGAUUCUAGGUCAAGCAUCUUCGAUGCCAAGGCUGGUAUUGGGCUGAGCUCUUCCUUCAUGAAGCUUGUGUCUUGGUACGACAACGAGUGGGGUUACAGCAACCGGGUUCUGGAUCUGAUCGCCCACAUGGCUCUUGUCAGCGCCAAGCACUGAUGUCCUGAGAAAUAAGAAUCAUCCAGUAGCCUAGGAAGGCUGCAAUUUUGACGUCCGUUUACUUUUUAGCUGUGGUUUGGAAUAAGAUGUAAUGUUGAACACUUUGAACUCGCGUUAAAAUGGACUCGGAUCCAUGACAAGUUUGUAGUUGUAGCAGGGGUAAAAUUUGCUCCGUAGUACCCUGGCAUCAUCUGCAGAAUUGUUAAGCGAACCAUAUGGUUAGUCGACUUGAUUCAUUACUCGUAAUGUGAGCCCAUUUAUAAGGAGAUUUGUUGGCACGGACGAUCUCUGCUUCCAACAA